CUAACAAAGCUUGCAAUCGAGCAGGACCCCCAGGGGCACGGGCCCCAGCUGUCUCUCUCGCUUCGCUACCUUUGACCAUGUCUCCAAAGGUACGAGAGAGCGCCUCUUACACCUUUGCGUCUGCGCCAGAGCAGCUUUGCCUUGCUCCGCUCGAGCUGACGCGCUCUACGAAUGAAUGGCACUGUCUCGCGUCUCAGGUCCACCACACCGUGCCGAAUCAGUCAUGGCCUACAUCCAGACCAGGUCACCCUAUAGGCUUCUCUUCGUCAACUCAUCAUACUCAUGUGGCAUCUUCGAGAACCACCAAACUUGUUCUUCGAUCUUCUUCUUGGCUGCAUCAAUGUUACGCGCAUUAGCAUACACGCACGAGCCCCUGGGACUGAGCGCAGUGGCACAAUGCGCAAUUCUGCUGCACAAACGACGAGGCAUCUCUACACCUACAGACUCGGUUGACUUGCGGGCUCGUGGAUAUGGCGAACAGGCGCAACCAUCUCACCGUGGACUCAACGGCUGACUUACGGUCUCGCAUACCCACAUCGCUAGCGACGCCUGUCUCCUGGACCUUCGCGGCUGGCUCUACUGCAGAACCUUGCCUGCCCUCUCCAGGAUUAUACCCAGCUGUAAGCGUUAGCAAGCUCAAGCACAUCACUCGACCAUCUCGAGCGCUGAGAUGGACCGUGCUUAUUGCAACCACUCUACUCGUCCUUUACGGCGUCUCACGGCCGUCAAGUAUCGCCAAAGAGCGGUCAACCUUGCGCCAGCCAGCAAUUAUCGACGGCAAAGUACUUGACGAAAGCGAUUUGAAAGGCCAUGCAUCUCUGGCCAGCUGGCACAGCUUGACUUUUGCAAGGCGACUGACACUGUGGCGUCAGGCUCCUAGCGUCAAGCAAAGUCAUAUCGGCUUUGAAAGCGUCGAGAAAGCAUUUGACUUUACGAUCUGCUUGGCCGGCAACGCGGAGACCGAGGACCAAGCACAGAGGGUGUACAACCAGUGGGCAGGCCUUUUCCCUUAUGCUGCCUAUGUUUGGGGCAAUCAAAAUACGACCACCCCUGGCUUCGAGAAGCGCGUCAGGCCUGCUCGAACAGAUUCACUCCACUUUGUCCGUACUACCGGCAAAUCGCACGCGUUCGCACAUGGCUUACAUCUCGCUGUCAAGACCAUCAGCUCGCUUUACGAAUGUGAAUACAUCUUCACGCACGAUGACGAUCUCUUCUUCUCCCAAGCGCCCCACCUACGCCUCGAGUCAAGCAGUCAAAGCCAAGACGAAGCUGUCCUGCUUGCUCGCCGAUUGUAUUUGCUGCUAGCUCAAUACAGGCCUGCAAUUGCUGGAUUCCCUUGGGCAGUCGGUGACGAGCGGUUCCCUGCCAUGACGGCCCUGAAAACGCACUUCUUCGGACAGCCAGUCGCACCUCUGACUGGCUUCGACAAUGGUAUGGUCAUCUAUCAUAAAACGACGCUGGAUCUUUUCUUUCCCUUUGCGCCAAGAGGCGAAGGCGGCUUCGUCGGUAAAUGGACGCUUGGCGCUCAUUUCCUUCAGCUCUUCGCUCCUCUGAUCUUCAAAGAGCAUGCUAUAAGGCUCAAUGCCAUCGUAUACACCAAUAGCGUCAAUCUCGACAACCAACGUCCGAGCGCAAACGCCAAGAUCGUCAUCGAACACGGGCUGGCGCAUAUGUCGUGGUCAAGACAUGAAUACGAAUUCCCGCAGAACGCUGCUUAUAUCGCCUUUUUGCGCUCUGGUCUGAUCAAUCGCACCCAACGUUUCGGUCGCUAUAUGACUCUCGCGGACGUGAGCUUACCAAAACCAUAUGGGGAGAAGGGCUAUUCGCGCGAAUGGAUCGUCAGUCGUCUUGCAGAAUUCUACGACCCCUUGCAUGAAGCUGUCAGCAAUGUCCCCAUGCUUCAAGACUUCAAUCGUGCUGAACUCGCAUCGCUAAGCCCGACGGCAUUCAGUAUCAAAAUUAUCAUGUUCACCUACAAUCGCAUCGAUAGUUUCAAGCGAGCUUGGCGAGCAGUGUCGCAAUCCCAUUCGAUCGAUCUCCCUGUCGCAAUCGAGAUACACAUCGACUACGAUCCAGAGAUGUCCCAAGAGCGCCGUGCCGAAUAUGCCGAGCUGCUCAAUAGUCUGUCUUUACCUUGGGCAAAUGUCACACUGCAACGCGUCGCUUCUCGUCUGGGUCUUAAGCAGCAAGUGCUAACAAGCUGGCGCCCGACGAGUAACAACGAGUAUGCAAUUAUGAUCGAGGACGACAUCGAAGUUUCGCCCUACUUCCUGCAAUACGCUCAGAAGAUGAUCUUAGCGUACGCGCAUAGUCAAGACAGAGGAGAUCAUCGACUGUUUGGCAUCUCGUUAUACAACCUACGCUACAAUGAGGCAACCGAAAGCUUCUUACCUGACACGCGGCCGAAAGGCGUCUUUGCCUUCCAAUGUCCCGUCUCAUGGGGGGCUAUAUUCUUCCCAGAGCCAUGGCGCCGAUUCCUGACGUACGAACGUGACAUCUCGAAGCGGGGCAUUGAUCCAAUAGCGCCAGAUAUGUUGACGAAUCGAUGGCCUUAUCAGGCAUCCUGGAAGAAGACAUUCUACCGCUUCUUGAUCGAAAGUCGCGGCUAUCUGCUAUUCAACAAUUUGCCUGGCGAGCUAUCGUUCUCGACGAACCAUGUCGAAGUCGGCACAAACGACAAGCCUCACAAUGCAUAUGCCCAUAAGCUCAUCGAAGCCAAAUUCACAGUACCUCUACUGCAAGACCUACAAGAUCUACCAUACGGCUACGAGCCUUUCGCCACGCCAUCGCUUGCACAGCUACCGAUCUACUCACCCCAAUUUGCUCAGCUGAACAGUCUGCACGAUCUCACCGGCGGCGAAGACGAAGUAUCAUCUUUUGACAAGUGCACCAUGAUCAUGACAGUUUAUAGCAGAAACGCCACCAUCAUCGAUCGACUGAGGCACUAUCAUUCACUGCCCUAUCUGGGUCAGAUUGUCGUCAUCUGGCAGAACCUCGAAGCGCCCUUGCCGCACAUAACGGAAAGCGAGUUCAAUGUACCGAUUGCUUUCCUGCCAAUGCAGCGGAACUCGAUGAACAAUCGCUUUGUAAAUCACCCAGAAAUCAAGCAUUCCUGCAUUGUCAACAUGGACGAUGAUUUCGACAUGCCGCACGAGCAUCUGAAAUACGCUAUCGAGACAUGGCGCGGUCACUUCUGGAAUCACUUGGUUGGCUUCAGCCAUCAAGGCCGCAAUCACAUCGUUCUCCCAGCGAACGAGUCUUCGUCCGAGAAGACACUGUACUCACCUACCUUCAUGUCACCGCAGUUGCUAGGCGAUAGGAAGCCAUUCUAUUCGAUGGUCUUGCCGUCUGGCUUCAUUUACCAUCGCAAGUAUCUCGUUGCGUACGAACACUUGCCAUCCAGCGCCCAUGAACUGGUGGACCGCACGAACAAUUGCGACGACCUGCUUUUCAACUACCUUGUGGCCAAUGCGACGCAAUCUGGACCUAUUCUGAUCGAUGCAUGGGCAUCCAUGAUCCCUUCGCUCGGUGUGGCAGGUUUAUGGUCACGACCGACUCACAUGGGUGUCCGGACAGAAUGCCUUGAAGACCUCAAUGCCAUCUUCGGACACAAUCCAUUGCGGUACACCACCACGAUGUUCAAAAUUCAGCACGAGACGACAGUUCCUGGGUUGCAUCACCACGCUUCGCAAAUUGAACUACCGCAUCGAUAUCCGUGCAACAGGACACUCUACGAUCUUACCGGAUCAUGCUCGCUUGACAUCAGCGCCAAAGCGCCAGCGAUAUGGGUCAUCUCGCAAUCGAUUCAGACGAUGUGGCUGCUCCUUAUUGUGCUUGCAUCCAUCACCUACGCGUAUUGGCGACGACGCGCUCCUACAUCAAAACAUGCGCCUUAUUAUGCUUCGAAAAUUCCCAUCGUUGGCGGAGCCAUCGAGCUUGGUACGGAUCAGGACAAGAUGUAUGAGAGUAUCCAAGGUAUGGGUGGGGUCGCGCGCUUGCGACUGCCAAGGCAAACGCUAGUCACCGACCGGAAAGCUAUUCGCGCAAUAUAUGCCACCGGUGGCGCUCAACUUUCCAUGGAGAUGAUCAGAAUGGACAUACAUGCUUCCGUCUUCGGCACAUCGAAAGCUGCCAACGUGAUCGCAAAGAUCAAAGGCAUGCAUUCCAUUCACUCGCGUGGCAUCGCUACCUCCAAGACCGGCGUAUGGCUCGAUCUCUUUGCCGAUGUCAUCCGCGACAAGCUCAUGCACGAAGCCGAGCUUGUGCACACGCCCAUUAUACUUCUCGACUGGAUCGGUGCCAUCAUCUACGAAAGUUCAUCACGCAUGAUGUUUGGGCCAAUGUACGACGCGACGGGCAUGCUGGCUGCCUUCAGAGCAUUUGAUGCAGGUUUCCCGCUGCUCGCCGCUGGCGUACCUUCUUGCUUCUUGCCUGCCGCGAUCAAGGGACGAGAGCAGCUUGUCGAUAGCUUCGAACGAUGGCUACAAGAAGGCGGUGAUGCGUAUGCCUGCCCAAUGACGAAAGAGAUGGCUGCCCAUCUGCGUUCCUGCAUGUCUCUACGCGACGCAGCGACCUUGCACAUGGGCGACAAUUGGGCUCUGCAAGGCAAUACAACAUAUGCGGUCUAUUUUUGUCUCAUCUUCAUCUACCAAAGGCCCGACCUGCUCGCUAAGAUUCGCCUCGAGCUGCGAGCCCAUCUGCAAUCCGAUCCAGAGCUCUCAGGCAUCGAGGCAGCACGCGAUCUGGUGCUGAACAUCUCCAAGCUUGGCUCUGAGACUACCGAUGCUUUGCCAUAUUUGACGGCUGUCUUGCUCGAAACGCUGCGUGUCUGUACGUCCACGUUCUCCAUCCGCAAAGUAGAGCAAGAUAUGUCUAUCGCGACUACAAAGGGCUCGUUUGCCGCAGCCAAAGGCGAGUACCUCAUUUGCUGCGUUCGAGCUGUUCAGAUGGAUUCCGAAGUCUGGCGCGAUCCGAAGAUCUGGCGACCUGAGCGCUUCCUUACAGACAACGCGGACGGCCACAUGAAUUGCACAUUGCCUAGCAGCGAUGACUUCUUGGCCUUUGGCGGCGGCAUCUCUCGCUGCGAAGGCCGACAUCUCGCCCAAGCGCAGAUCAAAUGCUGUCUGGCGCUCGUUCUGACAUUGUUUGACAUUGAAGUCUCCGGAUGCGUCGAUCAGACAGGUCGCGACAAGUCUUCAUUGCCCUUGCCAGACGGCUCGGGAACAGGCAUGUGGCCCGGUUUCGAGUCGUCGCGGGUCGGCAUGGGCAUGAUGCAUCCAGAUGGGGGAGUCAGAGUUAAGCUUAGCACAGUAUGCUGA